AUGGGUGAAUUUUUCUUUAAUAUCGAUCACGGAUAUUUGGAAGCACUUAUUCGUGGGUUCAAGGAGGGUAUUUUGACGCAGACAGAUUAUGCAAACUUAGUUCAGUGCGAAACUCUCGAAGAUUUGAAAUUGCAUAUACAAUCAACGGAUUACGGCAAUUUUUUGGCUAAUGAGCCAGGAGCGAUAACUGUGCAAGUAAUUGAUGAAAGGUUGAAAGAGAAACUGGUGACCGAAUUCAAUCAUAUAAGGAACAAUGCCCUGGAACCACUAUCAACGUUUUUGGAUUAUAUUACGUAUUCGUAUAUGAUUGAUAACAUCAUAUUACUAAUCACCGGCACUUUGCAUCAGCGUCCAAUUAACGAACUUAUCUCGAAAUGUCAUCCACUCGGCUCUUUCGAACAGAUGGAGGCAAUACAUAUUGCUUCAACACCUGCAGAGCUUUAUAAUGCAGUUUUAGUUGAUACACCGCUAGCACCUUAUUUUGUCGACUGUAUCAGCGAGCAGGACCUUGACGAGAUGAAUGUUGAAAUUAUUAGAAAUACGUUGUACAGGGCGUACCUUGAAGAUUUUUACAAGUUUUGCAAACGCCUUGGAGGGAAAACAGCAGAAGUUAUGAGUGAAAUCCUAGCAUUCGAGGCAGAUCGUAAGGCAAUUAUUAUUACCAUCAACAGUUUUGACACGGAACUUUCUAAGGACGACCGCGCCAAGCUUUAUCCUCGUUGUGGAAAGCUUUUUCCAGAAGGCCUAAACGGUUUAUCGAGGGCAGAUGACUACGAGCAAGUGAAACAAGUCUGUGAGUAUUAUGCGGACUAUAGGUCACUGUUUGAAGGUGCAGGCACACAGCCUGGUGAAAAAGCUUUAGAGGACAAGUUUUUUGAAUAUGAGGUAAAAUUAAAUGUGAUGUCUUAUCUCCAUCAGUUCCAUUUCGGUGUAUUCUAUGCCUUUAUAAAGCUUAAAGAACAGGAAAUGCGUAAUAUCAUCUGGAUUGCAGAGUGUAUAUCUCAAAGACACAGAGCAAGAAUUGAUAAUUACAUUCCAAUUUUGUGA